CUUUUACAAACUUUAUAAAUGAGUAUUUUUAUAUAAACCAAGACAAACAACGGUGAAAUAAUGUUUGUGUUAAAUAGUUUUUUAACAUGAAGAUGUAUGUACAUUAUCCACUAUACAGAACAGUAGAAAAAUGGGGAAGCUUGUUUCUGGGACAGUUCUAUAGGCAUUUUAGUGAUGUUAUGUGCUUGCAUGUAGAAGGAUAGCUUGUUAUACAAAUGCAUGUAAAAUACUCAUUAUUUAAAAUAUAAAAGCAAAAUUACUAACUAAACACAUGAAUCCAGAUGUGCUAAGUUCUCACUACAAGCCAGAUAAUAUCUGACUGAAUAAAUCACAUGUGUAGUUUAGGUCUGUGUGUUCACUGUUAGACCACAGCAGCAGGUGACCGGGUGUCUCUGUAUAAUUUUUACAGUGUGAUUGUAUAGCCAAUCUUGCUGCUGUAGAAACUGGGCAGAUGGGUAGGCUAUACAUUUUCAAAUGCUCUUAUCUGAGCAAGUCUCAGUUCAGACACAGAGCUGGUUUAUUACUACACAAGCUCUCUCGCUCUCUGUAGUUCAUUAACGAGCAGUGGCUCCGAGAACGGAAACAUCUCGCUUUGAUUGUCAACAUUUUUUACGUCGUGUAUUUUUCCAUUAGUUUUAUCUUUUCUCGUAGUCCACGGACUAGGCUUAUAGUCAACAAUAAACCUAACACAGAGUGGACUAAACUGGCAUUAAAUUGUAGAUUUAUUUAUUAUUUUUUUUUGCUUAUUAGACACUUCGACCUACGCUAUUAACCCUCAAAAUAUUUAUAUAUCUAGGCCGAUUUCCUACAAAUAUGACACCGUGUUAAAUUCUGUGAAGACAAUUUGGGUACAGUCCAGCUAAUUUAGAUUUUUUGUUUGUUUGUUUGUAUGUUUUUAAAUAGAGAAGCGGAUCAUUUCUUUUGAUUCAACGCAAUCGUCUUGUAACAGCUGGUAAUGAAUAAUGCGUUACUGGAUUUUUGUGUGUUUGUGGAGUCUAACGAGUGGACUGAACCAGUCUUGCCUAAACGGUGAGUACCUGAUGAACGUGGUGCUGCUGCAGGACGACGUGUCUCCCUGGAGUUUGAACUUCGUUCAGCCAGCGGUGAUGAAAGCGAUUAAAUUCGACGCGGAGAUCAACUACAGCAAUGAUGUGACUCACAACCUGAGUGCAACCUACAAUGGGUUUCAAACUGUUUAUUACCGACAUAAAGGCUGUAGCAGCAGCCCCUGUGGGGGAAUAGAGAUCCUGAAAGAUCUUGAUAAAUCAGGAAUGGUUGGCUGUGCUCUGCUGGGACCAUCCUGUACCUAUGCAACCUUCCAGCUGGUGGAUAUUGACGUUGGUCUAAAACUCAAUAUGCCCAUCAUCUCAGCGGGGAGUUUUGGCCUGUCUUGUGACUACAAGGCUAACCUGACACGCCUACUGCCUCCAGCUCGCAAGGUCUCCAACUUCUUUAUCAGAUUCUUUAACUUCUCUGACGAUAUUAAGCCUUUGUGGAGUAAGACAUACAUCUACAAAAAAAACAAUAAUACAGAGGAUUGCUUUUGGUACAUGAAUGCCCUAGAGGUUGACUCAGGCUCCUUUGUUUCCAGUGUUGUGAAAAAAGUGGUGCUCCGAAAAGAAGAAGAGUUCAGUGCUGCAUUAAAAAAUAAUAGAGAAAGUAACUUGUUUAUUUUAUGCGGAACUCCCGAUGAUAUCAUGCAAUUGAAGAACGGCUCUCUGGAUGUCGAUGCCCAUGUUGCCUUUAUUCUCAUUGAUCUGUACAAUGACAAAUAUUACCUUGAACCAUCCAAUGAUGCUAUGAAGAAUGUCUUGGUGCUGACAAUGCCCAAUACUCGGAAUUACACCAUAACCACCAACAACACGAUGAAUGAUUAUAUUGCCGCAUAUCAUGAUGCGGUACUGCUGUUCGGGCAGGUGAUGAGGCAAAUUUGGCGGAUUCCUGUCAUGGAUGUAGACAGUGUCAACAUUAACUAUUUCAGAAAUGUGUCAUUUAAAGGUAUUGCGGGAGAUUAUACGUUAGACGAGCAUGGGGAUAGAGAUGUGGUGUUUUCAGUGAUUUACACCAACAUCAACAAUGAGUACAAAGUUUUGUAUGAGUUUGACACCAGUAAUAAUAAAACAACACUGGUCGACGUCAAUCCUUCAUUCAUCUGGCCUCAACAGCAACUUCCUGAUGAUCAGCCUAACGCUGAUAAUGCAGGUCUAGGUCUGAUGGUGCAGAAUGUCAUUGUCAUAUCACUGGGCUUCCUAGCGUUGAUAGUGAUAGCCACAGUUGCGUUUGUCUUUUACUGGCAGAACAGGUCAUACCGCCGUAAACAAAAGCGAUGGUCCCACAUCCCUGUAAAGCUCAUUAACCCUGUAGAGUCCAGUGAGAGAAAUAUGGUGUCUCUAAAGAUUGAUGAGGAUGCCUGGAAAGAUACGUGUCAGAAGAUUCGCCGGGCACGCUAUGAUAAAAAGAUUGUAAUCCUUAAAGAGCUGAAGCACUCUGAUGGCUACUUCAGUGAAAGACAGAGAAUAGCACUUAAUGCACUAUUACAAAUAGAUUAUUACAACCUAAUAAAAUUCUAUGGGACAGUAAAGAUUGAUCAUGAGGUUCUUGGAGUGUUUGAGUACGGAGAGCGAGGAUCUCUGAGGUAUGUACUUAAUGAUAGGAUUUCAUACCCAGAGGAGACCUUCAUGGACUGGGAGUUCAAAAUUUCUGUCAUGUAUGACAUUGCAAAGGGCAUGUCCUAUCUUCACGCAAGCAACAUUGAAGUCCAUGGCCAUCUGAAGUCCACCAACUGUGUCACUGAUAAUCGUAUGGUAGUGAAAAUUACCGGCUUUGGUUUUAAUACUUUCAUCAGUCCAGACAGAGAUCUGUGGACUGCUCCAGAGCACUUAAGAAAAGAGGGCAUUUCUCAGAAGGGAGAUGUUUAUAGUUUUGCCAUAAUUGCACAGGAAAUCAUGCUGAGAAAAUGCACAUUCUACACCAAGGCCUGUUCUGAUAAAGCUGAAAAGUUGGACCAUGUGCAGUAUCCCCGAAUGCUGUGUUUUUUCAGGCCUGACCUAAACUUUGAAACUGCAAGUGAAAAAGAACUAGAGGUGUACUUACUUAUUAAAUCCUGUUGGGAUGAAGACCCUGACAAAAGACCAGAUUUCAAAAAGAUUGAAAGCACUUUGGGAAAGAUUGUCAGUCUGCACAACCAGGCCAAUGAGAGUUACAUGGGAAAUCUAAUUCGCCGGCUACAGAUGUAUUCCCAUAACCUAGAGCACCUGGUGGAAGAGCGCACAGCUCUGUACAAGGCAGAGAGAGAUAGAGCGGACAAUCUCAACUUCAUGCUUCUUCCAGGGCCAGUGGUACGCUCUCUGAAGGAGACUGGCAGUGUGGAGCCUGAGCUGUUUGAUGAGGUCACUAUCUACUUUAGUGAUAUUGUGGGUUUCACCACCCUUUGUCACUACAGCACACCCAUGGAGGUGGUGGACAUGCUCAAUGACAUUUACAAAAACUUUGACAGCAUCCUCGACCAUCAUGAUGUCUACAAGGUGGAGACAAUUGGUGAUGCGUACAUGGUGGUGUCGGGUCUCCCACGGCGAAAUGGAGACAGACAUGUGAUGGAUAUUUGCCAUAUGGCGCUGGACAUCCUUUCCUUCAUGGGCACUUUUGAGUUGCGCCACCUGCCUGGCUUGCCUGUAUGGAUCCGUAUAGGGGUGCACUCAGGUCCUUGUGCUGCAGGUGUUGUGGGGCUUAAGAUGCCCAGAUACUGUCUGUUUGGAGACACAGUGAACACUGCUUCUCGCAUGGAGUCCACAGGAUUACCCUUGAAAAUCCAUGUAAGUCAGUCAACAAUCAACAUUAUUGAGCGGGCUGACUGCAAGUUUGAAUAUAUGAAGCGAGGAGAGACAUAUUUAAAGGGUAAAGGAAAGGAGACAACAUACUGGUUAACAGGGGUUACUGGACAAAACUACAACCUGCCUACACCCCCAACAGCUGAAAACUUCCAGCGUCUGCAGCAAGACCUGGCAGAGAUGAUAAAGAGUUGUCUGGAGCAGCGGUCUCCGAGUCUUGCGAAGAGGAAGACACUUUCAGCAGGUCAGAGGAAGCUCAGAGGUCACUCAGAGCUGACUGAUAGUGAGCAGCCUGAGUACUUCCACCUUGCUACUGUUGACAACCUUAGUACAUACCUGUAACCUGUAAAAUGUUUGUUCCAUGUUCAUUGCAGAAUAUUGUAAAUAAUCUAUAUUUAACUAUCAAUAACUAUUGACUUUUUUUUUUUUUUUAAUGUAAUAUUUGGAUAAAUUUAUAUUCUUAGUUUAUAGAAUGUGCAUGUUUUACACUGGUACAUGUGAACAACUGUGAAAUUGAAUUUUAAAGCAUGUUUUACCAGCUGUUGUGUAUCUUUUAGCUGCAACCCAUUUUAAAGAGAGGUUUUUAUUAAAUUGUUCUUUACGAAUGCUCAUUACAAGUGCAUUAUACUAAGUUUUAAUCGAGCCACAUCACACCAUUGUCAUUGUAAGAAAUACAACUCAAAAGCUCGAAGCACUUUUUUUUAAAAAUAAAGAGCACGUUUAUUUGAAUUUUCUAUUUGCUACUCCCACAUCAAUUCAUCGAC